AACUGUGUUCAGUGCACUGACAGCCUGGUUAGCUGUCACCAUCACGCCUCGCCACAUCUCGCUUAACGUGAAGCUAACCAAACGUGUAAAUGCGAUGAAACGAGAAUUUAUUGAUCAUGGCUAACCUGCGGAUUUCAUUAGCUGUCGUGGUUGUUCAGACCGUCCUGUAUAGAAGCUGUGAGGCUCUUUGGUGUAACUGCACUACGGCCCAGUGUGAGAAGACCAGCUCCCGAUGUGAGACUGAUGGAGCCUGCAUGGCCUCCACCUCCUUCAUUGAUGGUCAAGAGCAGCACAUCCGCAUCUGCAUCACACGAGAUAAACUCGUGCCCCCUGGACAGCCAUUCUACUGCCUGGGUGCAGAGGGUCUGCUCAACAUCCACUGCUGCUACACUGACUACUGCAACAGCAUUGACCUUCAAGUACCAUCAGUAACAACUAAGCCAGGACUUGGGGGAGGCUAUGGUCCAGACGGGACAUGGGGGCUGGUGGAGCUGGUCGCUGUAAUCGCAGGGCCGCUAUUCCUGCUGUGCCUCCUGCUGCUGGUGGCUGUGUUCCUGUAUCAGUACCACCAGAGGGCCUAUAGCCACCGACAGAGGCUGGAGGUGGAGGACCCCUCUUGUGACCACCUCUACCUGGCCAAAGAUAGGACCCUGCAGGACCUCAUAUAUGAUCUUUCGACGUCUGGUUCAGGAUCAGGUCUCCCUCUGUUUGUGCAGCGGACCGUGGCCAGAACGAUUGUCCUCCAGGAGAUCAUUGGUAAAGGCCGUUUCGGGGAGGUGUGGCGAGGGCGAUGGAGGGGAGGUGACGUGGCGGUAAAGAUCUUUUCAUCCAGAGAGGAGCGCUCCUGGUUCCGUGAGGCUGAAAUCUAUCAGACCAUCAUGCUGCGCCAUGAAAACAUCCUAGGCUUCAUCGCCGCUGACAACAAAGACAACGGUACAUGGACCCAGCUGUGGUUGGUGUCAGACUACCAUGAGUACGGCUCCCUGUUUGACUACCUGAACCGCUACUCUGUCACUACUGAAGGAAUGAUCAAACUGGCGUUGUCAGCUGCCAGCGGCCUUGCACAUCUGCACAUGGAGAUUCUUGGAACACAAGGAAAGCCAGGCAUUGCUCACAGAGACCUGAAGUCCAAGAACAUCCUUGUGAAGAAGAACUGUACCUGUGCCAUCGCUGACCUGGGAUUGGCCGUACGUCACGACUCUGCCUCUGACACCAUCGACAUUGCACCCAAUCAAAGAGUCGGCACGAAGAGGUACAUGGCUCCAGAGGUUCUGGAUGAGACCAUCAACAUGAGACACUUUGACUCCUUUAAAUGUGCUGAUAUCUAUGCCCUGGGGCUGGUCUACUGGGAGAUUGCACGCCGCUGCAACAGUGGAGGUAUCCAUGAAGAGUACCAGCUGCCCUACUAUGACCUGGUGCCCUCUGAUCCCUCCAUAGAGGAGAUGAGAAAGGUGGUGUGUGACCAAAAGCUACGACCCAACAUCCCAAACUGGUGGCAGAGCUACGAGGCUUUGCGGAUCAUGGGAAAAAUCAUGAGAGAGUGUUGGUAUGCUAACGGGGCUGCCCGCCUGACAGCCCUGCGCAUCAAGAAGACCCUGUCCCAGCUCAGCAUUCAGGAAGACAUUAAAGUGUGAGCUGAGUCAGCAGAGCGCUAAGAAAGAGCAUUGACCAACACCCGACUCCAGACUGUAGGACAGUGAGAGCAAGAGGAGCCGGGCUUUCUACAAAGAACGCACAAAGUCAGAGAAGUCGGUGGAGAGUCGCACUUUGUAAAAUAUUACUUCAUAGACACUCCUGCCAGUUUUUUGAAGCCACUUGAUUUCUGACAAACCCUACCUCGCUUACCCAGCCAAACUACCAAGAACAUCUUUCCUAUCUUGUCUCAGCUACUGCUGCCCUUCCUGAACCUUUUUGUCCCUCUCCACACACUAUAUUAACAAGAACAUUUGGAUUUUGGGUGUACUUGUAUGCAAUAGAUAGCAGGAUAUGUAAUUAACCUGUCAACAUUUUGAAAAUCAGUUGCUUUUAUUUCAUCUCAGUCCGGUCCAUCACUGAUGCUAAGUAGUGAAAAACUGGAUUUGACUCUUUUUAUGUUUGAAAGGAGACAAGCUGGGAGAUUUCGGGCUAUUAUUAACUUAUGUUAUAUUUCUGUUAUUUAAAUAACUACAUAUAGUUAUUGUUUGGGCGUUUUCUGGGGGUCUGGUGCAGGUUUUCAGUGCCACCCGCAGCACACACAGGCAUGUCACAAACUGCUUCCUUGAGAAUAGUCUAUCUGCUACAACUGUAGUGACUGUAGUUGUCAACUGAUUGCCAUGAAAGCAUGUACAGCUUUAGACAGCUUGUUAGAGCAGCAUACAGAUUUAAAGACACUGGAUUAUUUAACAUGAUUUAGCCUUUGGACAAACUGCCUGGAGCCCGUCCAUUGAGCUGUUGUAAACCUCAGGUUUUCCUUAUGCUUACCAAUCAACAUUAUUUCUUAUUUUUUAGUAUAGACCUGUCUACUGCAAAAAAUUAGGACAAGAAAAGAGUAGGGUGUUUAGAAAAACACCGACUUGAUUCUGAAUGUUUCGUCCUUGAACUUCUUUGCUGACAGUUGGCUUCACAUUGGGACACAAACAGCAGCAGGCUACAUGUAGUCUAUAAAGAUUUGUAGAAUCCUUAUUUGAAUGAUGCCACUGACUCUUAAUUAGCCCACAGACCACAACCUGCCAUGGGAGCGGACGUUGCUCCAAUCCCUCGGAUAAACUGGUAUACAAAACAUUUGUCUUUUGUAACAGCCAGUGCGAUAUACACUGCACAUUUAAAAUUGAGCUAAAGUGUUUCAUUUUUAAACUUUUCUAAAAAAAAAAAGAAAGAAAAAACACUCACUCCAGGAAUCUGAAUCAUUUGUUUUUUCUUGUGUUGUUUUUUUUUUAGUUGUCAAAGCAAUCUUCAAAGUGUUGUUUCCCCCUCAGGGUGUGCUCUCCCUGGCCAAGUAUGACUACUGCACAUAAUCUAGCUUUUUAAGGUAAUACUUGUAAAUAUAUAUAUAUGACAAUACAUUUUUGUUUCCUGUUUUAGAUAGUUGAAUCUUUUAUACUGGAGUUUUGGUUGUAGAUAAGGAAAUCUAAGACUUGUGUCUUGCUGUUUGUAAACAGAAUCAUGUACCAGUGUACUUUCUGACCUCUGAGGUACAGUUACUGUAUUUGUUGGAUACAUGGCUUAUGUUGAUAUUCUCCUAUAGCCCUCUGAUUACUAGAGAGCAUUAUUUAGCUUAACUGGAUGUGUACCCCUCCCACCUCUUUUUGUCCAUCCUACGAUACCUCCUUAAUGUGCAAAUCAUAUGUAUUGUUUCCUUGAAGCUACCAUUGUCAGAAAUCACUGUCUACAUUUAUCAGGAAAAGGUGCACUUUUGUCUUUAGCUGUAUGAAAAUGUAACAGGUACUGUCUGUGUCUAGUCUUUCCCAUGUUAUUUAUAUUUGUAUGCUGUGAGUAACUACGAAAGCCUGAAAGGCCACUAUGUGCACUACUACUGACCUCACAGCACUAAAACCAAAUUGUUCAUAGAAUCAUCUCUGGUCCUCUUGGCCUUGAGUGUUUAUUUGAGAUCACGCCACUGAAAACAACAAUGUUUUUACAAAUCAUGCCAAUCUGUUGCGGAAAUAAAUGAUUCUUAGGAGAAAAAACGUUGAAACUCAGUACCACUGAAAUGUCUCCAUGUGGUCCCAAAACUGUGUUUGACCAGUACUUGUAUUUUAAACCCACUUGUUAACUGCACUGUAUUGUUUAAGUCUUGUUUGUAAGAAAGGAUAGUCAGCACUUGUUGCUGUCACUUUAGGAAAGACGGGGGAACUUUACUGUUUCAUAGAAAAUUUUAUAUUCUUUCAAUCAAGGGGUAUGUUUGCUUAGUAGUACCUGCUGUAUGAUACACUAAAUACAUUGGUUAGAGAUGGUUUUUCAUACCUUGCACCAAGUAUCCAUAUGAAAGAGUACAAAACAAAGAAAUUAGGUUAUUAUACCAGAGGUUGUGACCACUCCAAAGUCUCUGUUCAGUUCUGGCGAAGACACAACUGCAUCCAUGUAAAAACCCCUGCAGGACUUCAACCAUGUAACUACUACUAUAGAGUAAUAAAUGCAAUCGUUUUCCUA